AUGCUGAAUGUGGAGUCAUGGCGCCGACACACUCAUGGCUUGUGUCAGGAGCCCGUCCUCAUCAAUGACCAGAACGUGAAAAAGUGGAUACCUGACUUGCCAGAGGAGUACUUCAGGAUGCCAGCUCCAGCGCCAAAGUCGGACCUCAUCCGAUACGCGCUCCUCUACCAUCACGGGGGCUUGUACAUGGACGCCGACUUCGUGGCGGUGAAGGACAUGGAUCCCAUCCUUGCACUGCUGCACACACACGAUUUCGUCUCCUAUCAAGAGAAAGGAGAGCCAGGACAAGUUUGCAGCGCAGCUUUCAGCUCCAACUUGAUCGGCGGGAGGAGAGGCAGCCCAGUGUUCAAGUUCCUGUGGGAGCGCCAGAAGGAGAAGUUGCGCAAAAAAUGUGGCCACACAAAUCCUGGAGAGGCAUGCUGCCCGGAGAAUGCCCGGCGACAGUGCACAGUUCCAUGGGCUGCGCUCGGCGAGGGCGUCACCCACCCUGCAUUCAACGAGCUGUUGAAGACAGGCGAAAUCUUCGAGACCUUCUGCUUCGCCGACGAAUGGUCUUUCGUGCCGGACCACUUCGCCUACUCCGUGGAGCACAUUCCCUCCAAGGACACUGCUGAAGGCUUAGAAAACGCCCUGAACCUUGUUUGCAUGCUACGCGAGUAUGCGAGUAGAAGCCCCAUUUGUGGCGGAAAAAAACUUUUCCAGGAUUCCUUGUUACGGGUCUACAUAUAUGUAUAUAUAUAUACACACAUACACACACACACACUCUCUCUCUCUAUCUAUAUCUACAUAUAUAUAUAUACAUAUAUAUUCCCCAUUAAAGUGGUGUUUUUGACCAACACAGGUAGGCUUGUAUAG